AGCUGUAGGGGAUCAGACAUGUGGUCCGGAGGUGCUGGGACAGGUGACCAUGCAAUCCCAGCGACGGUCUGCCAGUGAAGGCCGCACCGCCAGCAAGUGGUACCGCGCGGUGACGCCCCAUGUGCGCGGGCAGGACAGGGACAGCCUCACGGACUGGCAGCGCGCCUACGACAACAGGUUCAUGGUGACGUCGCUGUCCUACAUGCACCGCCAUGUGGGGGAAUGCGUGGCACAGGUCCACCGAACUCAUGCGGAGAAGCAGGAGUUCUUCAACCAGCACCAGCUGCCGAAUCUCACUUGGAUGGACCUGAACAUGAUGACCCACGACCGGUCAAUUCGCCAGCGCCAGCCUGCGUACUUUGGUGAUGUGGGCGGUCCUCCACGCAUUGGAGUCUUGGGCAAGCGGGUGGCGACACCUCUGGAGAACCGGGUGCUGCAGCCCAAGCUCAACCUGGGCAGUAAGGCUUUGCGAGGCUUUGGCACCAACUUCGGCGCGAAGUGAGCGCCGAGAAGAAUGCCCCAGCGGCCCACUUUGAAGUUGCCUUGCGCAUUUUUCUCAGGUGUAUCCCUGAAUAAUCAUUUUGGAUCUUUUUGCACGAAGUCGGAACGUGCAAAAGUGGAAUCGGGCAUGGAC